UGCAUUUCUCGUUAUGUGUAAAUUAGUGAUCGCGUCAAUCAACAUGUCUAAAGCAAUCGCAAUUUUAACUGGCUUCUUGUUCGCACUGAUCUCGUUAGACAGCUGUGCAGGAUACUCAGCACACGGUCGACCACCGCGUCCCAUCACUGAUGCUGUUCUAGCCCGCCAACUGGUACAUCAAUCCAACUGGGCUGCAGUGGGUAGCAUAUCGCAUAAUGAGAAGACCGCCGAUUAUCCAAUGGUGAACGUAAUCGCUGUAGAUGAUAGCGCUUUGAAUGGCUCCUCGACUGGGCGGGUACAUUUCUUGCUGGCGGAUUUUGACUUCACUGGUGCCGAUGCAUUGCACAAUAACAAAGUGACAUUCUUCUUCAGCGAAGAGCAGACAGGAUCAUGUAACAAGCGUGGCGUUAAUCCCAUGGAACCGGCGUGCCCACGCAUCAUGAUAAGCGGGCGUGUUCAGAAGUUGGACACAAAAAUCCCAGAGUACAAUGACUAUAUGGAAGCAUUCAACAAACGCCAUAAACAUUCAAAAAUUUGGGUCGAAGCGCAUAAUUUCUAUCUGAGUGAAUUGGAAAUUGAUAACAUCUACAUCGUAGCCUAUCAGGGCGGUCCACGAACAAUAAACGCGGAAGACUAUUACAACGCACAUUUGUAAUUUAAAUAUUUUAAUAUUAUUUAGUUAAUCAAUGUUAAUAAAAAAUGAUUUAAACAAUCAA